AUGGCCUUUACAGAAGAUCAAGAACUACAACAGAGACAGGCUGGAAACAGGGCUGUUGAAGAUUACAAUCAGGAAGAAGGAUACGAAUCAUCAUCAUCAGCCGAAUCGGAAAUAGAUACUAGUGAAGAGAAAUCAAGAAGACCAAAAGAAAAUGCUUUUACUCAGCAAAGAUUGAAGUCAAUAAAUCCAGUGUUGACUGCAAAGACUGUUAUCCCAUUGCUAGUUGCCAUUGCAGUUGUUUUUGUUCCCCUUGGGGCAGCCAUGUGGUAUGCAUCUGAUAGAAUUGAAGACAUAACUAUUGAAUACACUCAGUGUGAAUAUUUGGCUCUGUCAAAUAGUUGGACAUCUAUUCCAGAUAAGUACAUUGAUUAUAAUUUCAGAAACAAUUCGAAGAAUGUCCCGGAUCCUCAAUUCUCAUGGAGAUUGACCAACGACUCAACUCAAAGAUUUGAAGAUGAAAGAUUAGUGUGUGAAGUCCAAUUCCAAGUGCCUCAGACCAUGAAGGGACCUAUUUAUCUUUACUACCGUUUACACAACUUUUAUGCCAAUCAUCGUCGUUUUGUCAAAUCAUUUAGUGAAGAUCAAUUGAAUGGAAAAGCCGCCAGUUUGGAUACAAUCAAAAACACUGUGGGUCAAAAUUGUCAGCCAUUAUCAGAUGUUAAUGGUACUAGAAUUUAUCCAUGUGGUUUAAUUGCCAAUUCAUUGUUUAAUGAUACUUUCACAACUGCAUUCCUUGCAGUAAAUGGAACUUCAGAGGACAAAACUGUCCCAUUGACAGAAAAUGGCAUUGCGUGGUCAACUGAUAGAAAUAGAUUCCAAAAAACUACAUACAACUAUACUGAGAUUGUUCCCCCACCUAAUUGGUACAAAAUGUUUCCAGAUGGUUACAACGAAACGAAUAUUCCAGAUAUUUCAACUUGGCCACAAUUCCAAAAUUGGAUGCGUCCUUCUGCCUUGGCCACUUUUAACAAGUUGGCUUUACGUAAUGAUAGUGCUUCAUUGGAACCAGGUAUUUAUCAAAUUAAUGUUGGUUUACAUUUCCCUGUAACUCCAUAUAAUGGUAAGAAGUACUUAUAUAUAACACAGCGUUCUGUCAUCGGAGGAAAAAACGACUUUUUGGGCAUAAGUUGGAUGGUCGCUGGAGGAAUUUGUUUUGUAUUGGGUUUAACAUUGUUGGUUAUCAACUUCAUUAAACCUAGAAAAACCGGUGACGUCAAUUUACUUAGUUGGAAUCAAGAGAAAACCAAGCGCGAUGAACAGAGUGCAGCAGCUGCUGCUUCUGGAGAUGGUUCUUCAACAGGAUUCGAGAAGUGA